UAUAUAGUCGUAGUAUACUGAGAAUUUAUAAUAGUUAAGGAUGAAAUAGUGUCAUAGACAUGUAGUUACGAAUGAUAUUGAUAAAUCAUGUUCAUGUAUGUACACGUAUAGUGUUUCGACAUUUGCUAUAUCUUUACAAAUAAAAUACUUGUCUUUUAAUUGAAUAGUAAUGCAAAAUUGUGUGGUGAUAAUGAAUUGUGAUAUCACGGCAAAUAAACAUGGCGCUUAUUUGAUACCGGAGUCUUUUACUUGGACUAAGCCGCAAACGUUGUUUCAAUUUAUAUCAAGUUAGCAAUUUCAUUUCCCGCAUUUUUUCAUAGAUAAUUCAAACUAUUUACGAUACGGUGAAUGUAUCGUCUAUAUUUCGAACUGUUUUUACGAGGAAACGUUUGAUAGACCUGAACGUCAUACAUGUCAAAAUGGCCCGGGAAUAUGAUCAUUUAUUUAAGCUUCUAAUAAUAGGAGAUAGUGGAGUAGGUAAAAGUUCUCUGCUAUUACGAUUUGCUGACAAUACUUUUAAUGGCAGUUACAUAACGACAAUAGGAGUGGAUUUUAAAAUUCAAACUGUGGAUAUAGAUGGUGAGAGAGUAAAGCUCCAAAUUUGGGAUACAGCUGGACAAGAACGUUUUCGGACAAUAACUUCAACUUACUACAGGGGAACACAUGGUGUUAUAGUCGUGUAUGAUGUGACCAGUGGUGAUUCUUUUGCUAAUGUUAAAAGAUGGUUACAUGAAAUCGAACAAAAUUGUGAUGUGGUCAACAGGGUACUUGUAGGAAAUAAAAAUGAUGCACCUAAUGAAAAGGUGGUAUUAACAGAAGAUGCACAAAGAUUUGCUAAUCAAAUGGGAAUUCAGUUAUUUGAAACUUCUGCUAAAGACAAUAUAAAUGUGCAAGAAAUGUUUAUGGCUAUAACGCGGCAAGUAUUAAGAACCAAAAAAGAAAGGAAGGAACGACAAGCUAUACAAACCAGUGAAACAGUCAAUUUAAGAAAAAGCACAAAACAGCAUAAAAAAAAGUGUUGUUAACAGAAUUGUAUAAGCAUGCAAUCUGUUCUUAAUACCAUUUAAUAGAGUAACAAAAAUGAAACAAAACUAAAACAGAGAGCAUGCUAUAGCAACAAAAUGAUCAUGUAAUGUAAUACCAACGUUUUUUAAAACUAUUAAGUUUUGUAUCUAAAUUACAACAUCGAAGAUUGUAUUCUCAUAGAAAUAUACUUUGAUGCUAGUAAUGUUCAAUAUACAUAGGAUGCAAAUGUUAUGAGUGUGUAGUGUUUAUUUAGUAAAAGUAACUUUGUAAGUAACACACUUUUCAACAAGCUGCAUAUUUUGAAUGUGGCAUUAGGAACAUAAAGGCCUAUUUAUAUUGUACAAUUUACAAUUUACAAAAAAUUAGCACAAAAAAGAAAAAUGAAUUAAAUUAUAUACAUAGCUGCUUCUUAUUCGUUCUUUUUACUGCAAAAUAUUAUUUAUAAAGAAAAGUGGUAUAAAGUAGAAGAUAAAGAAAUAUAUUGUACAAAGCUCAAUCUAAAUUUAUUGAAUAAAAUGAAAAAACGUAAAAUGAUGUAUGUGAGAUUUGAAUGAUUAUGGAUAAAUUUUUCUUAAUAAGUUACCAUAAUGUGAAUUCAACAUAGAUAAGACAUGCUAUUUAAUAAACAGAAGACGAUCUAUCUUCAUCAGCAGGUUCAGGCAAUUUUGUGCAUAUUCAUUGUACAAAGUUCCUGUAGUUUGAUGACGCUUUAAAAUGGACUUUACAAAUCAAAUUGAAAUAAACAGUAAUAUAUUUACGGUAUAACAGAGGCAAGCUAUUUAAUUGAUGAAGGAAAGGUUGCACUGUGUCAAUUUAAAUAUUAUAAAUUCAAUCAAAAUAUAAACACAGACUAUUCAUUAUUUAAAAACUGAAUUAACAAAUUGAAAAAAAUUUUAAUUAUUUAUUUUUCAAUAUGAAUAUAUGUUGUAGACUUGAAUUCUGUAAAGUAUACCUUGCAAUAUGUUAAUACAAUACUAUUAGCAUUUGUGAAAUUUUUAUUUUUAUGAACUUGAUUGAAAUAAUUAAUUUUUUAAAUAAUAUGAAAUUAUUUUUUUGAAACUAUUAUAAGUGUUUCCAUUAUCAUAAUAAUUUCAUUAAAAAUUAUUAGCAAAUUUUUUAAGUAUGUAUUACAUAUAAACAUUUAAAGUUAAACAUUUUGUAAUUAUUAAAAAAACAAACUUCUGAACACAUAAUAAUUUGCCAGUAAUUUGAUAAUAAAUAUGAUUGACAUAUUAUAUGUGCUAUAAUAACACAAUAAACGUAUUUUAUCAUCUGUGAUAAUAGUUAGGAUACUUAUCUAGCUGCCGCUGUAAUACCGUUAAGAACAUCUCCGUAAUUAUUGUAAUUGAUAUUACAAAGUUUUGGUCAAAAUAACAUAUCUUUCAAAUGAGGGAAUGAAGCGGCAUCCUAUAAUAUGUAAAUAUUCUACUUGCCAGUUUUAGUGGCAUAUUACAAAUAUUCCAAUCAAGCAUAUUCAAUAUUGUUUACUGUUAUACAGUCAUAACAUUGUAAUAUGAAUUAUUAUAUACUUUAAACUAUAAAUAAAUAGAAUCUAUGUGUA